GCCAUUGUUGUGCAAUGGCCAACACACCCAUCCAGUCCUUGUUCGUCGUGCCUUCAAUUCACAACCCCUAACUUCCCACAGGACAUUUGAGUAUGAUAAAUGUUUAUAAUGGAGUACCGAAUUUAACGUUUCGAACUUAACCAGUAGCCGCGGUUUAAAACAAUUAGGCCACUCGGAAAUCUGACUUCGGUGCUUUUUAAACAACUGAACUCAGAAAAAACGCACUCCGAAUGGAAAAUUAAUCUGUUUGAAGUCAACAAACUGACCUUUUGCUAGAUGAGACGUCAUGAUGUUUCCUAGUUGUAGGUGCGGCAUUAAUAACCGUUUGUGCUAUUAAACCCGUUGCUUAUAAAUACGACUUAGUUCACCUGUAGUAAUAUUGUUUCGCCACUUACUGGAGAGGGAUUUGUAUUACUUGAAAGACAUGACAUGCCAUUCUUAUCUGCCAAGGGUCUGAGAAGGAUGGCAACUCCGCUAGUCCUGUCAAUCUUCCUUUUGCUCCCAGCAAUUUCUGAAGGACAAUAUGGACAUAGAUGUGAAGUUAUCCCAAAAGACCCAUACAUUGAAUUUGGCUCCAAUAUUAAGAUUAAAUUCAAGAAGACAUGCAACAAGACAAUCUCAGACAGCCACGGCAAAAUCUAUUGGACGAUCAACAACAAGAGCAUAGAUGAAAGCCUCUAUGAAACCAACACCUCCUUUGCUGCGGUGACCAUCUACAAUCUAUCCCUUCCAAAAGCAAUAGUACAAUGUCACAGCCAUUUAACUCAGCAAGUCUUGGGUGGUACCAUCAUACAAACAUACUGGAAACCCAGAAACAUAUCGUGUGUCACGUAUAUCUCACAACAAGAUUUUACAUGUCGCUGGGAGCACAAGAUCAAACCCACAUCGAAAAUAACAUAUACCGUUUAUAGGAAAUGGGAAAAUAGCCAAGAUGCAUGGGAGAGUGAUCAUUGUAGUUCUGGAAGCAUGUCAUGCACCUUUAAUAAGAGCCUGCCGAUGCUUUCAAAGCUAAAUUACAUCACUGUGCGAGCUGAAAGCACAGUUUGGGAGACAAUCUCGGACACACUGGAAUUGGAUCCUUGGGAUACAGUGAAAAUAGACCCUCCAAAGAAUGUGCGGGUGGUUCCUCUCCCUGCUCAUCUAAGGGUUGAAUGGGAAAGACCAGGAGGCACAGACUUUCUUGACCAGGUCAUACACUGUCAAGUCAAAUAUGCCAAGCAUGUAAUGGAUACAUCUAUGAACACAGUGGCCAAGACAGCCUCUGUCACUUCUGUUGAAGUGGAGUCAUGCACCAACCAUACAGUGUCUGUCCGCUGUGCUUUAGACAAGGCCCCCUGGAGUGAAUGGAGCAGGCAGGUGACAGUACUGUCCUCUCUCAACGUGAGCACAAUGCAGUUGGACCUGUGGAGGAAGAUGGAUGCACCAGACAACACUGGGACUAGAACAGUGCACCUGAUGUGGAAGAGCAUCUCCCCUGCAUGCAAGGCCAUCGAUGGAUACAGGCUGACGUACAUGGCUGAUGAAAAGCACAUGCCUGACAGACAUUUGGACACCGUUGUGGAUAAGGCUUCCAUCACUGUGGACCAGCGGGCAUACAGAGUCACUCUCGCUGCCUAUCGCGGCGACACCACGUUUUCUGAACAGUCAAUCUAUGUACCGGCCGUGGGACAAAGUCUCCCCCAGGUUAGGGGCGCCCAGGCCUCUGCCCAUGACGGUGACAUCCAGGUCAGCUGGGUUGUUCCUCCUCUCUACCUUGUCCAUGGCUACAUCAUAGACUGGACCACCGAUGGAGAUACAUACACCUGGCUACAGAGCCAAGACACUCACAUCACAUUGACUGGCCUGCAGCCUUUUAAACUAUACAACAUCACAGUAACUCCACUCUAUGAUGACAAGACAGGACUCGAAAAGGUCAUUCAGAUCUGCUCAGUACAAAGAGCUCCAGGGAAUAUCUCCUCUGUCGAUGUACACGUUCAAGACAAAAGUGCUCAGGUCAACUGGACUGCUGUGCCUCAGAGCCAAUGUAGUGGUGAUGUCGUCAACUACACUGUGUUCUACAAGACUGAAACACAACCAGAGCUGAAUGUGACAGUAAAUAGCUGGAAACAGGGAGUGACUUUGGAGCCUCUCCAACCAGACACCAGAUACAGUGUCCAUGUUAUGGCCAGAGCUGUUACUGGGGCAACCAAUAGCAGCGUCAUUCACUUCACAACGAGCAGAUACGGCAGGACCUUCAUCAUCAUGUCCUGUGUCUUCGGUGGUUUUGGCGUCAUCAUCGUCCUAGUCACUGGACUCUUCUGCGUCAUUCAGUGGAAACGAUUCAAGGGGAAGAUAGUGCCCAACCCCGGUCUCAGCUCCCUGGAAUUCUGGUCUUCACAGGAUUGUCAUAAGAUCCAACCCUUUAACAACCCGUCUGAACUCGAGACCUUCUGUGAGAUGAUCUACCCCUGUGAGGUGAACACCAUAACGGACGACAUCAUGGGGUCAACCUCUACAGAAGACGGGGACAUACAGGACAUGGGCAAAGAGACCGUCUGUGACCAGACCGAGAGAUGGAGCUCUGGCUUCGGUAGCAGGACCUUCUGUGACAGCCAACCCAGAGAGGAGAGCAGUAACCUGGGCCUGACCCCAACCCUCCUCCCUUUACUGGCUCAACAAGACGGAGAAAUCAACCUGCUGGAGUCAACUACCUCUGAGGACUCAUCAUCAGCGACAUCAGACCUCCAGGCCUCCGAGAGCUGUCCCGUCAACCCCUACAGGCUGCAGACGCCAGGGGAAUGCCCUGUGAGGUUGGGGCUGGGGGGAGGUGAGGCGACGUCGGGCACCACAGAGGAGAGUAGGAGCCUGUUGGACACACAGCAGCAUAGCAGCAUAGCUCCUCUCACUGCGUACGUCACUCUGGACAUGUUUGAACACAGGGUGAGGGAAAGCAAACGGACAUGAACACACUUCUGAAUCCAGUGGACUUCUCAGUCUUUCCUAGAGCCUUUUAUUCAUUCAGUUUUAAUGUCUCAUAUAGGCUAUUGUGUUUUUGUGUUAGUGGUACUUUGAAAUAUCCAUUUUGUAAUUAUACUUGAGUGACAAUUUGUACAGUAUGUGUAUUUGUAGAUUGUAAAGGUGGAUAGAUAUCAGUUCUUUGAAUUUGACUCAUAAAUAUCAAUCUAUACUGUUGUAUGUGGUAGACUAUAUCUCAUCAAAUGUUUUAGUUUCUUGUCGUUGAGAAGGACUGCUGUUGGUACAAUUUAAGCGCUUCCCCUUUCCGUCCAUUACCAGUAUGCCGUUUUGUUUGGGGGGAGGGGUGUUGCAGCACCACUUCCUAAAAACAGAAAGCAAGUGUGUCAAGAUGGAAAUACUUCAGUAACAGGGUCAAAGCAAGGCUUCAUGUCUCCGAGUUACUGGCUGGGUGGUAGCCUAGCGGUUAAGAAGUUGUGCAAAUAACCAAAAGUGUACUGAUUCAAAUCCCAGAGCCGACUAGGUAAAAAUCUGAUGAUGUGCCUUUGAGCAAGGCACUUAACCCUAAUUGCUCCUGUAAGUUGUUCUGGAUGAGAGCGUCUGUUAAAUGACUCAAAAGUAGAAUGUAAAUGUUUGCGUCCCAAAUGACACCAUAUUCCAUAUAAAAUACAUAACUUUUGACUAGGGCUCGUAGGUCUCAGGUCAGAAGUAGUGCUCUAUAUAAUUAUUAGGGUGCAAUUUGGGACGUACUCAGUGACUAGAGAGACAUUGAAGCCCAUCCUUGAUUUGACCUGGUACUGCUCUUUAAAAUAAUAUCAUUCACUGGGUCAUGGGAAAGAAAAAACUAAAUCACUCCAAGUCUAUGAUCUGCCCAAUGACAUUUUAUUGAAUAAUAACUUAUUUUUAAAAUAAUAUUAGGAAUGGGAGCCAAGCAAAAUCACAUGUUUAGUCUCUGACGGACUAAUAUAUUCUGUUCUAUUAAUGUUGAACGUCUCACUGAAUGUAAAGCACUCUUCACUUUGUAAAAUGAUGCAGACAGAAGAGGGAGGCAUUUAAUUUGUUUUUCAUAUCAAUUUAACAAAUUAUACAUGCACUUUUCAGUAUACAAAACAUUAGGAACACCUUUCUAAUAUUGAGUUGCGCCCCCUUUUGCCCUCAGAACAGCCUCAGUUCCACAGGGAUGCUGGCCCAUGUUGACUCCAGUGCUUCCCACAGUUGUCAAGUUGGCUGGAUGUCCUUUGGGUGGUGGACCAUUCUUGAUACACAUGUUGAGUGUGAAAAACCCAGAACCGUUGCAGUUCUUGAGACAAACCAGUGAGCCUGGCACCUACUACCAUACCCCGUUCAAAAGCACUUAACUCUUUUGUCUUGCCCAUUCACCCUCUGAAUGGUACACGUUCACAAUCCAUGUCUCAGGUGUCCCAUGGCUUAAAAAUCCUUCUUUAACUUGUCUCCUCUCCAUCUACACUGAUUGAAGUGGGUUUAACAGGUAACAUCAAUAAGGGAUCAUAGCUUUCACCUCAUCAGUCUAUGUCAUGGAAAGAACAGGUGUUCCUAAUAUUUUGUCCUCUGUGACAGGGCUCUAGUCAGUAGUGCAUUAUAUUAGGAUUAGGGUGCAUUCUGGGACGUAGCCAGUGAUUAGAGACAUGACGCUCACCCUUGUUUUGACGCUAUACUGUUCUUUACAACAAAAAAGAUAAUUCACGGAGUCCUCACUCCAAGUCUAUGGUCUGCCUGAUGACAUUUUGUGGCAUAACAAAAUGUUCUUAUGUGACAGAGCAUAACAAAAUCUGAAUUUAUGACUUAUUAAUAUAUUUGGUUUUAUUCUAUUAAUUAAGUUCUUGUUGAAAAGAAAAUACCUCUAAAGAUGCAGGUAACUGCCAAAAUAAAGGAAACACUUCAGUAAAUGAAGGAUACAAAGCAGGUGCUUCCACACAGGUGCGGUUCCGGAAUUAAUCAAUUAACAUCCCAUCACACUUAGGGUCAUGAAAUAAAAACGUCCAGUUUCCCAUUAUUUUGGGUACCAGGGCUAGAAGAGAUCUCAGAGGCUUUGAAAGAGGGGUCUCACAGGACCAUAGGGGGUUAAAAGGUGUGUGUCUCAGUCACCACAUUUCAACCCAAUUAAACACUUACGAGAGAUUCUGGAGGUCCGCCUGAGACAGCGUUUUCCAUCACCAACAAAACACUAAAUUAUGGAAAUUCUCAUAUAACAAUGGUGUCGUAUCCCUCCAAUAGAGUUCCAGACACUUGUAUAAUCUAUGCCAAGACGCAUUGAAUCAGUUCUGGUUCGUGGUGGCCCAAUGCCCUAUUAAGACACUAUGUUGGGGUUUCCUUUAUUUUGUCAAUUACCUGUAUGCUGCUUGACAAGAAGCAUAAAAAAAUUAUUCCUUCACAUGGAUAACACACAACACUGGAUUCCUUCACAUGGUUAAUACAGUUGACUUUAUGAAAUGAUGAAGACAAAAAUCAGGCAUUUAAACUAGUUUAUUUCAUACUUAAGACUGCUCCAAAAAGGGUGCAUGUUAUGGUUGCAUGCAGUGAAAUACUAGGCUGUUCUCUGUAUACAAUGGAAAUGUAGUGUUAACUGAGUGAUGUCAGAAUAGUUUUCAUAAGUAGCAACAUUCAAAUGUAGGUAAACAUACAUUAAUUUCUGAGCAUACUCCUUGCUGUAGAAACUCAUUUGAAGGUCCAGUUGAGAUCUGUACAUUCCAAACAAACUAUUUUCAUGACAAGACAAAAAUUCAUAUAAAAAAUAAAAAGAUAUACCUGUAAGAAAUAAUA